CUGCGCACGAGUCGGUCGGACGUAGAUACCGGACCCGUUUUUUACCGCUAAAAUGUCCUUUACAUAUAAAUAACAGUCCCAAAACUAUCUAAAAACAAAAUGAAGUGCCUGUUUCUCAUACCGUGAGUGAUUACAGUGGUGUUGACCGUAUUGAAACAAAUGUGAGUGGUCCAUGUGUAAUGUUGUGUUACAAAAUGUGGUCUAGAAACUUUAUACCGGAUUAUGGGAUUCAAUUUCUGGUGCUGUGCUUCCUUCUGGGAGCUUUGAGCAUACAGGAGGCCGAAGGUUUCGUGUCAUGUUCGCCCUCGCCGUGCAAGAACGGAGGCACGUGUCUGUCGACGGCACGGGGAGAAUUCUUCUGCAACUGCACAUCCCGCUACGCCGGCGAGUUCUGCCAGCACCUCAACCCCUGCCACAGCGAGUCCAGCCCCCGCUGCCAGAACGGGGGCAGCUGCCGGGUCCGCCCGGGCGCCGGCGGCGGUCCACCCUCCUUCGCCUGCGACUGCCCACUGGGAUUCAGCGCCUCGCUCUGCGAGAUCAGGGUGCCAGCGGCCUGUGACUCUGCACCGUGUCUGAAUGGAGCUACGUGCAGGCUGACGUCGCUGCAUUCCUAUGAGUGCGAUUGUCCGCCUGGGUAUACUGGUGCCGAAUGCUCCCACGAAGACCACUGCGCCUCCCAACCUUGCCGCAACGGCGGCCGCUGCGUCGCCGACAACACAACCACAGCCGGCUACUCCUGCGCCUGCCCUCCUGGCUUCACCGGCCCCCGCUGCACUGAUGACGUCAUCGAAUGCACCUCAUCAGGCUCCGGGCCCUGUCACCACGGCCGGUGCUUCAACACGCACGGGUCCUACACGUGUGUGUGCGAGCCGGGGUACACGGGGAGAGAUUGCGACGCGGAGUACGUGCCGUGUGAGCCGUCGCCGUGCUUGCAUGGCGGGACUUGCACGCCGCUGGACCAGCUGAGAUACGAGUGCGAGUGUCCGCAAGGUUACCGAGGCCAGAACUGUGAGAUCGACAUCGACGACUGCCCAGGCCACCUCUGCCAGAACGGCGCCACUUGCGUGGACACACUGAACAACUACACCUGCGAGUGUCCGCCCACCUUCAGCGGGAGAUAUUGCGAGUCUGAUGUGGACGAGUGCGCUUUGAGACCGCUGGUAUGCCAGAACGGCGCGACCUGCACCAACUCCGUCGGCGGCUUCUCCUGCAUCUGCGUGAACGGCUGGACUGGUCCUGACUGCUCGGUGAACAUAGACGACUGCGCUGGUGCGGCCUGCUUCAAUGGAGCGACCUGUAUUGACAGGGUUGGGGCGUUCUACUGCAGAUGCACUCCUGGAAAGACUGGUCUUCUCUGUCACCUGGACGACGCCUGCACAUCUAACCCGUGCCACGCGGACGCGAUAUGCGACACCAGCCCCAUCAACGGCUCCUACACAUGUUCCUGCGCGUCCGGGUACAAAGGGCUCGACUGCUCCGAGGAUAUCAACGAGUGCGAACAGGGAUCGCCAUGCGAGCACGACGGCCUCUGCGUGAACACGCCAGGGUCGUUCGCCUGCAACUGCUCCGUGGGUUUCACGGGCCCCCGCUGCGAGACCAACGUGAACGAGUGCGAGAGCCACCCCUGCCGCAACGAGGGGUCGUGCCUUGACGAUCCUGGGACUUUCAGAUGCGUCUGCAUGCCUGGCUUCACGGGAACGCAGUGUGAAGUGGAAAUAGACGAAUGCGCCAACAACCCCUGCUUGAACGGCGGCGUGUGCCACGACAUGAUCAACGCCUUCCGUUGCAACUGCGUUAUUGGAUUCACCGGUGCUCGAUGUCAAGUGAAUAUCGACGACUGUGCCUCCAGCCCGUGCCGCAACGGAGGCACUUGCCACGACUCCAUUGCUGCGUACACGUGCGAAUGCCCGCCAGGUUACACGGGAAUGUCAUGCGAAACGAACAUCAACGACUGCCUGUCAGCUCCGUGUCACCGUGGCGAAUGCAUCGACGGAGACAACAGCUUUACGUGUAACUGCCAUCCCGGGUACACGGGUCGCGUGUGCCAGACACAGAUUAACGAGUGCGAGAGCAACCCUUGUCAGUUCGGAGGCCACUGCGAAGACCUGAUCGACGGCUACCAGUGCCGCUGCAAGCCCGGCACGUCGGGCCGCAACUGCGAGAUUAACGUCAACGAGUGCUACUCAAAUCCAUGCAGGAACGGGGCCACCUGCAUCGAUGGAAUCAACAGGUACACCUGCGAGUGCAUCCCCGGCUUCACGGGCCAGCACUGCGAGACGAACAUCAACGAGUGCCUGUCGAACCCUUGCGCGAACGGCGGAAAAUGCAUCGACCGCGUCAACGGUUUUCGCUGCGAGUGCCCGAGGGGGUACUAUGAUGCCAGAUGUCUAUCGGAUGUGGACGAGUGCGCGUCAAACCCCUGCAUCAAUGGCGGCUCGUGUGAGGACGGAGUCAACCAAUUCAUCUGUCAUUGUCUACCUGGAUAUGGAGGUCAACGUUGCGAGCGCGACAUAGACGAGUGCAGUUCGAAUCCUUGUCAACACGGCGGGACAUGUCACGAUCGCCUCAACGCCUACAAGUGCGAUUGCAUACUGGGUUUCAAUGGUGUAAACUGCGAGACGAACAUCGACGACUGCGCCGGCAACCCGUGCCUCCACGGCGGCUCCUGCAUCGAUCUCGUGAAUGGGUACAGAUGCGUCUGCGCACCGCCACAUUCAGGGCGCAACUGCGAAGACACGCUGGACCCUUGCACGCCUAACCAAUGUCGCCACGGCGGUCGCUGCGUGGCCGAAGCGUCCUACGCGGAGUUCAACUGCCAGUGCCCAGCCGGUUGGACCGGAGCGCUCUGCGAACGGGACAUAGACGAAUGCUUCGCCACAUCUCCUUGCCAUAAUGGAGCUACAUGUGUGAACACCGGCGGGAGUUAUACGUGCGUGUGUGCGAGGGGCUACGAGGGCAAGGACUGCGCUAUCAACACGGACGAUUGUGCAUCUUUCCCAUGCCAGAACGGCGCAACAUGCCUCGACAGCAUCGGCGACUACAACUGUGUGUGUGCAAGCGGCUUCGCGGGCAAGCUGUGCGAGAUCGACAUCGACGAGUGCCAGUCCCGGCCGUGUAUGAACGGAGCCACUUGCAACCAGUAUGUGGCGUCUUACACCUGCACCUGUCCGCUCGGCUUCUCCGGCAUCAACUGUCAGACGAACGACGAAGACUGCACCGACUCGAGCUGCAUGAACGGCGGGACUUGCAUCGACGGCAUCAACUCGUACAACUGCAGCUGUCAGCCUGGCUACAUGGGCUCGAACUGUCAAUUCCGUAUCAACAUGUGCGACAGCUCGCCGUGCGACAACAGCGCCACCUGUCACGACCACGUCACAUACUACGCAUGUCACUGCCCCUAUGGAUACACUGGGAAGCACUGCGAGUCGUUCGUCAACUGGUGCGAGGGCAACCCGUGCGAGAACGGAGCGACGUGCUCGCAGAAGGGCCCGCAGUACACGUGCGCGUGCGCGCCCGGAUGGUCCGGCAAGCUGUGCGACGUCGAGAUGGUGUCCUGCAAGGACGCGUCUUUCAGAAAAGGAGUGCCGCUAAAGCAACUGUGCAACAACGGCACAUGCGAGGACAUCGGCAACUCGCACCGCUGCCACUGCCUCGAUGGCUACACCGGCUCCUACUGCCAGAAGGAGAUCAACGAGUGCGAGUCCGCGCCCUGCCAGAACGGCGCGCUCUGCCGCGACCUCGUCGGCACCUACCAGUGCCAGUGCACCAAGGGGUUCCAGGGGCAGAACUGUGAGCUCAACGUCAACGACUGCCUCCCCAACCCCUGCCAGAACGGCGGCACCUGCCACGACCUCAUCGACAACUUCUCCUGUUCCUGCCCCUUCGGCACCCUCGGCAAGAUCUGCGAGAUCAACGUCAACGAUUGCAAACACGACGCCUGCCACAACAACGGAACUUGCAUAGACAAGGUCGGCGGCUUCGAGUGCAAAUGCCCGCCCGGCUUCGUCGGACCGAGAUGCGAGGGCGACAUCAACGAGUGCCUCUCCGACCCCUGCGCCAGCCCCGGCACGCAGGACUGCGUCCAACUCAUCAACGACUACCACUGCAACUGCAAGCCCGGCUACAUGGGCAGACACUGCGCCGAUAAAGUCAACUUCUGCGCUAAUUCCCCCUGCCAGAACGGAGGCAUCUGCACCGCCAUCCAGGGGCGCCACGAGUGUCUGUGCAAGGACGGCUUCCACGGCAAAGACUGCCAGUACUCCGGCUACGCCUGCGACUCCAACCCUUGCCAGAACGGCGGCUACUGCCGCACUUCCGAAAUAGGCGGCUACAUAUGCGAGUGCCCGCGGGGCCUGUCUGGCGUCAACUGCGAAAUAGACUCCAUGAACGAGUGCCUCAGCAACCCGUGCAAGCACCCCGAGGCCAGAUGCAUAGACAAGCCGGGAGACUACAUCUGCUACUGCCCGAACCAUCACACCGGCAAGAACUGCGACCACUACGACCCGGACGCGACGGGAGGCUACGGCGGCCUCGACUGGUCCUACCAGAAGGAGCAGUGCGCCAAGAUGGGCUGCAAGCAGAAACAGGGCGACCACAACUGCGACGAGGAGUGCAACACCUACGCCUGCGAGUUCGACGGCAACGACUGCUCCCUCGGCAUCAACCCGUGGGCGAACUGCACCGCGGCCAGCGUCGGUAUCCGUUGCUGGGAGGUGUUCAUGAACGGCGAGUGCAACGAGGCCUGCAACACCCAGGAGUGCCUCUUCGACGGACGCGACUGCGAGAAGUCCCUGAACCGCUGCAACCCGAUCUACGACGCCUACUGCCAGAAGCACUACGCCAACGGCCACUGCGACUACGGCUGCAACAACGCUGAGUGCAACUGGGACGGGCUGGACUGUGAGAACGAGCUGCCCCCGCACCUCGCCGACGGCGUCAUGUCCGUCAUCCUUCUCAUGGACAUCAACGAGUUCAAGGAGAACUCUGUCGCUUUCCUGCGAGACUUGGGCCAUCAGCUGCGCACCACGGUCAGGAUCAAGAAGGACCAUUUGGGUAAUGACAUGAUCCGCCCCUGGUCCCGGACGCAAGACAUCGGCUUGCAAGAUUCGGACGUCGCCAAGACCCACCAGAUCAUUUUCAUGGAGAAAGUACAGAGCGGCGUGCAAGUGUUUUUAGAGAUAGACAACAGGAAAUGCACGGGAUCCGAGUGCUUCUUCUCGGCGCAGGAAGCUGCGGAGUUCUUGGCGGCUACGGCGUCUAAACAUCCUUUGUCCAACGCAUUCCCCAUCUUCAAAGUGAAAGGUGUUCCGACGGGACCAGAUUCGGAGCCUCCCACCAACUCUAAAUACGUUUUUAUCGGAGUGAUACUCGUGUUGCUGGCUGGAUUAUUGAUCGGUGUGCUUGUGACGGCCCAGAGGAAGCGAGCGGCCGGUAUAACAUGGUUCCCGGAAGGAUUUAUUCGGAACAAUUCUUCGACCCGGCGCCGCUCGCGUCGCCGCGGCCCGGACGGACAAGAGAUGAGGAACUUGAACAAGGGUUCCAUGGGUUGUAUCGACGUGGAUAUUAACGGUGGGCACAUGGGUCCUCCGCAUUGGUCGGAUGAUGACGACGACGGCUUAGCACCGCCAAGGGCCAAACGUUCGAGAGGUCCUGGGGAUUCUAACGGCGCGCCAGGAGGCUACGCGUCGGACCACACGGUGAUCACGGACUAUGAAGAAGCUGGGCACGACUCCAGGGUGUGGACGCAGCAGCAUCUCGAUGCGGCGGAUAUCCGGGUGCCUCCUAGCAUGAUGACGCCGCCAGCUAUUCACGACGGUCACGUAGACGUAGACGCCCGCGGCCCGCUCGGCAUGACGCCACUCAUGGUGGCGGCCGUCCGGGGCGGCGGGCUCGACACCGGAUCGGACGCCGAGGACGAGCAAACAGCCCACAUCAUAUCGGAGCUUGUCGCGCAGGGCGCGCAACUGAACGCAGCUAUGGACAAGACAGGAGAAACCAGCUUGCAUUUGGCUGCUAGAUACGCCCGCUCCGACGCCGCAAAGCGCCUGUUAGACGCCGGCGCCGACGCCAACUCACAGGACAACACUGGCCGCACGCCGUUACACGCCGCCGUGGCCGCGGACGCCAUGGGCGUGUUCCAGAUACUGCUGCGCAACAGGGCUACGAACCUCAACGCUAGGAUGCACGAUGGGACCACGCCGUUGAUACUGGCCGCUAGGUUGGCCAUCGAAGGCAUGGUCGAGGACCUAAUCAACGCCGACGCUGACAUAAACGCAGCGGACAACAGCGGGAAGACUGCGCUGCACUGGGCGGCUGCGGUCAAUAACGUCGACGCUGUCAACGUUCUGCUUAUGCACGGCGCGAAUAGGGACGCGCAAGAUGAUAAGGACGAAACACCGCUCUUCCUCGGCGCCCGCGAAGGCUCGUACGGCGCUUGCCGCGCGCUGCUCGACGCGAUGUCCAACCGGGAGAUCACGGACCACAUGGACCGCCUGCCACGAGACGUGGCCCAAGAAAGGAUGCACGACGACAUAGUACGACUGCUGGAUGAGCAUUGUCCAAGGCCACAGCCCCAGCAUCAUCAUGUUAUGCAAUCCCCAAACCCGCACCCGCAGCUGAUCAGCCAGCCGACGGUGAUCAGCUCGGCCAAGGGCAAGCCGAAGAAGCCCCGCGCCAAGGCCGGCCCCGAGAGCCCCCAGGAAUACGACAACAACAAUCUGCAGCACUCACAGAUCAGACGGAAGCCCAGUGUGAAGAAAAACAACAAGAAAGUAGCGCAGGAGGUGCCACAGAGCGUGGAGAGCCUCGGCUCCAGCCUCAGCCCAGUAGAGUCGCCGCUUCAAAAUUUACAGGAUUUGCCGUCACCGUACGACGCGACGUCUUUGUACUCGAACGCGAUGGCGCAGUUCGCCGGCAUUGAGCAGCUGAUGACGCACAAGCAGCCGCCAAGCUACGAGGACUGCGUUAAGACGGGUCAGUCGCUCCAGCAGUCGUACGGCGGCGGCGCGCCCACCCUGUCACCACCAUACUCCAAUCACUCGCCGACCCACAGCAACCACACAACCUCGCCGCAUGCGUAUAUCGGUUCGCCGUCGCCCGGCAAGUCGCGGCCAUCUUUGCCCACGUCGCCGGCUCACAUGGCGGCCCUGCGCCAUUCACACCAGCACCAACUAGACGCGGCAGCUUAUUCAGCUCUCGCACAUUUAAGCGCCACAUCCCAGCACAACGCGCAGCUGCAGGCGGUGAUGACGCACGCUGCAGCACUAGGCCAAGUGCAGGGCGCGCAGCACCCUGCCAUCACUAACAUUAUGUCAGGACUGUACGGUGGCUGGGGCAUAGGCGACACAUUCCCGACGCCAUCGCCCGAGUCGCCCGACCAUUGGUCGACGCCGUCGCCGCAGACGCCGCUCACUCAAUCCCCGCACUCUGAUUGGUCGGACCGCGCCGCGCUCUCGCCCAAUGAUAUGCAGCAGACCAAUAAGGGCGCCACUGAAGCGAUCUACAUCUAAACGAUACUUUUGUAGGUAAAUCUUGGAUUUGGAAGCUGAAUUU